CUGUCAUUCCAGAUCCUCCCCACUCGGUGGCGCCAACGAGGCCAUUCCUAGUUCCUGCACACCAGCGCCGCUCGGUGGCUAGAACAAGUUAUCACAGCAACCCAAUGAGAUAGGUCAUGACAGCGCCACCAUGCCGCAAGUACUGACUUGAGGGUUCCGGUGGGGAUUUUCCAUCAUGAAGUUUGCGCUGAUUGUGGUGACCCUGCAGCUGACUUGCCUGUCCCUGUGUCUGGCACAGAAUGGUGCUUUCUACAUUAAUGGUAAUGGUAAUGGCUAUAGCAAUGGAAACGGCGAGUAUCACAACAACGUCAAGCUCCACAUUCAAACACAGAGGGACAGACAGUUUGCGUACCGAGGGGAGAACGUGACCCUGACCUGUCACUACCAUUAUGAGCCAGCAGUGAACAUGACUCGAAAGGUCAGGGUUAAAUGGUCCAAACUCAACAUGGAUUUCUCCAAAGAGAGUGACGUCAUUGUGGCGAUUGGAUUGCGCCACCGCAGUUUCGGGGAGUUCCGGGGGCGCGUUUACCUGCAGCAGAAUGAGGAGCGAGAGGUCUCGCUGGUCAUCACUGAUGUCAGGCUGGAGGAUUAUGGGAAGUACAAGUGUGAAGUGAUUGACGGGCUGGAGGAUGAAAGCAGCAUUGUCGAGCUGGAGUUACGAGGUGUGGUCUUCCCUUACCAGCCACAUCAUGGCCGGUACCAGCUGAACUUCCAUGAUGCCAAGCAAGCCUGCGAGGAGCAGGAUGCCAUGAUCGCCUCCUUUGAGCAGCUCUUCCAGGCCUGGGAGGAUGGAUUGGACUGGUGCAAUGCGGGCUGGCUGAUGGACGGGUCCGUUCAGUACCCCAUCACAACGCCACGAGAGCCAUGUGGUGGCAAGGACAACUCAGCCGGCGUCCGGAACUAUGGGCAGCGGCACAAAAACCUGCACCGAUACGACGUGUUUUGCUUUGCCUCAACUCUGAAAGGUAAAUUGUACUUCCUACGCCAUCCAAUGAAGUUCAACUUUGAUGAAGCGGUGAAAGCUUGCCACGACGAUGGGGGCGAGAUUGCCAAAGUGGGCCAGCUCUACGCUGCCUGGAAGUUCCUCAAGUUCGAUCGCUGCGAAGCUGGGUGGGUUGCCGAUGGCAGCAUUCGCUACCCCAUUGCCUUCCCGCGGCCCAAGUGUGGCCCAGCAGAGCCUGGGGUUCGCUCUUUUGGCUUUCCGAGGAAGGAGAAUGGGAAGUUUGGGGUCUACUGCUUCAAGCUGAGCUAAAAGCCCGGGGUGUGGCUGUGUUGAUCACAGGAGGACCUGCACUUGAGUCACCCUCAUUGUUUAUAGAGCCAGUACUCAUCUUUAAAGGUGAAAUCAGAUUAUUUAAGAAAAGUUAAAAUAUAAUCUUCGUGUUAGGAUCCUGAACCUAUUUGGAAAAUCCUUCCUAAUUUGCAUUUAUCUGAAAUUUUCCGUACACAUAUUUUUUUGAUUUUCAUAUUACAUUUGCUUACAUUCAUUUCAGGAGGAUUCUAUUUAAUGAAAACAUAAAAUCGAGCCUUUAAGAAUUCACUAAGGCAGCUAUGGAAAACCGAUGUUUUCUAUUAUACUGUGAGACUUCAUAUUAUCACUUUUUGCAUUCAGAAUCUCUGUUCCAUUGACUCUUCCCCUGUUCCCCUCUCCCCGAGCUCCUUUCCCCACUGCUGUGUCCUCACGUAAGAAUCUGGAAUGAUCCAAGCAGUGAUCCCAGCCAUAUCAACCAGGGAUCUAACCAACUUGUUUGGAGGGGAUGACCCCAGGAGUGGGAUAUUGGGUUGCAUUUUUGGGCACCAAUCUGGCAUAUGUUUGUCCCGUGCAGAGUGGAAAUUUGAGAUAUAUCAAAUGCUCCCUCUCGAUUACAAUCUAUUAUCCUACCUACAUCAUAACACCCACGUUGAAGAACUGAUCUCAGCUCCACCAUUGACACUUAACAACCAAUUUACAGAAUAAUUACAGUCCAAUGUUACGGCUCUGUAAUAUAUCUACUCACCAUCUCGAAAAACAGGAAAGUAGAUCCAGCCAAGGAAACCUCUGGCCUUCACUUUGCAGCUUAAAAUCUACAGUUUUGUGGAUAAUGUCUUUCAAAAUUGACUUUUUGUAUAUCUUGGAUUCACAGUUGGUAAAACUCAGGGGUUUGCAAUGCCAAAGCUAAAAAAAAAUGGUAGAACGAUAUAUGGACCUCCUUUGACAGACAGCUCUUCUUAUUGAAGAAAUUAGAGAAGCAGGCAAUAGAUCUAAAUCUCCUCAUCCCAUUAGGGUUGCCAACCCUCCAGGAUUGGCCUGGAGUCUCCAAGAAUUGAAGAUCAAUCUCCAGGACACUGCUGUCUGUAAUCCUGGAGAAAAACCAUCAGGACAAUGAAAAAGAUUGUCUUUUUUGUUUGUCAUUUCCUUUGGACUUUUCUUUUUACCAGAUGUAGAAACAUUGAAAGUGGGAAAAACUUUGUUGGGCUGACAGUCAAGCAUCAUCCAAUUGGGUCAUGAGUAGUUUUGCUUUCCAAUUGGUGUAGGAAGACAUUGUGUCACAAACUGGAUGUGUUUGCAGAUUAAUGGCUGGAGCAUUGGGGCAAGUCAUUUAAUGAAAUCUCCAGGAAUAUACUUAAUGAUAGUUGGCAACCCUACGUUCCAUUGAGAUAACAAGGAUCAUCAGACUGAGAUGGUCCUCUUUUUCACCCAGCCCCUUAUCAUUGCGCCCUCUAUUGGGGACAACGGAUAUCAUUCAGUUCUAGUAGGAAGUAAGGAAGAGUAGUCACAUAUUCCAUAAUCCAACUACAUAUCUUGAACUAAGCCAUCAAGGAUCAGCACUCUUGUGCAUUCAUGCAAUAAAGUGACACAAGGUAAAUAAGGGGUAGUCCAGGGAAGACCAGCUGACAGAGGUAUAGUCAGGAACAUUACAAACUGUUUGUGUGUGCAGGGAAGAGUAUUUAUCCCAGAUCACAUGUACAUGGUCAGAUUGGUCCUGUCUGGUCCACCUCUAAUCUUCAAUAAGCUAAAGGCUUAUGGGGAUCACCUCAGCUUCAGUCUGAUUAGUGUGUUUAAGGCCCAUAAAAUGUUGGGACAACAUUGCACUCUAAACUUGGCCAGUUUGAGAUUAGAUUUGGAGUGGGGUCACCAGUGGAUCUCAGGUUUGUGGGUGUGCACUUGAGUUCGGGCAGAGCCUUCUAUGUCCUUCUCCUGAAAGCAUCAGUGGGCCAGUCCCUUCAGCAGCCCAUAGUAUCUUACCCAAGUGACCAGCUGUUCACCCACUGGAGCACAGUUGAGCCCAAUCCUGUCCUUAUCCACUGUUCAUAGCAGUCACUGGGCAGAAGUCAAGGGCAAGAACGCUGGCUGUUUUUUUUGUCCUUCCCCCUAUUUCAAGGGCACUGCGGCUUAUGAUAACACCCCUAAUCCCUGCUUUGCUUGGAUCACAGAUCAGGGAUCAAACCUGGCACCUUCAGCUCUGUGUGGUUCACCCUAUGUGGGGCAUACAUAUUGAGCCAUCAGAGGAGCUGCAGUCAGGUUCUGAACAACCUUGGGAGUCGAGGAACAUUUUAAAUUCAAUUAUGCUCUGAUGCAAUUCAUUUAACACCCACUGUCUUAAAAGGAAAUGUCUGAUUUCACCUUUAAAGCGUGAGCACUUUGAACUACCGAGAAACCAAAUGGCUAUGUCCGGCUUGUUCCCCGGCGAGCAAAGGAAAUCUUUCUAAUGAUUAGAGUUGAUGUUCAGAUUGAAUGAAGAUGUCUGCAGCAACCUAUCAUAUUGGGGGGAGGGGGGAAGUGGGGGAAUUAUGAAAUUAUGCAUUUUUCAAAGUUUAUGGAUAUUUUAGAAUGUUUUAUUAGUUUGAACCGGACAUCAUCAUCAUUCGAAUCUGUUUAGAUACCUUGGCCAAACAUGAUUCCAUAGUACAGUAAGGUCACUUUCACAUUGCUGUUCAGUUUCACUGGAUUCUCACAUUCACGCACUUCCCAGCGGAGUCACUGGAUAGGGAGUGAGAGACAAUGAGUUGCCAUUCCCUCACCCUCCCUGCUCCUGGCCCAAGGAUUCCAAGACCAGUUGUGUUGCAGCUAUCCAUCAGAAAGUGGGAAUCUCUGCUAACCUAGCACAAAUGGGGAGCACACAGUUUGGAAACAUAUUUUUCUGUACCUACAAUACCCGAAUGAAGUUAUGCGCAGACUGGAUUAUGUACAUAUGUAUAAAAAAUAGUUUGAAAAUGCCUUCCAUCUAAAAAUAUAGACCCUUCUUGUGGUAUUUAUUCUAUCCAGAAUCUUUAUUCUAAACCAAAUAUUCAUUUAAAGAUAAAUAGGUGCUGUAAUGGGCAGCAAAAUGCCUGUGUUUGAUAAUGUACAUUGGAGUAGCAGAGUACUGCAUCUCUUGGAUGUAUUAUUCUUAUGACAUUAGACUAAGUUUUUAUGCUGAUUGGGGGAAGUAAGUGGACAGCAGGGCAUGCUAAACCAACAGGGGUUGGAUCAUUGAGUUGGAUUUGAUUAACCCCUUCCAUGCCACAACAUUCCACAGAUAAUUGCAGACUGGCCGACAUCUACAAUUCUGAAAUGCCAAUAACCGCGUGGUGCUUUUAUCUUGUCUUUCAGCCAAGAGAAGAAAGUAUUUACUCUUUGCUGGUGGUGGGUUUGUAUAUGAAAUCAAUCUGGGCAGCCCCAACCCAGUUCCCUCUGGUCAGGGGCACAGAACUGUAAACUGCCCAUCAUUAAACUCAAUUGCCUCUAAAUUGAGUGAUCUCAUUCAGGAAAGUCAUAAGAAUAACUGAUGUGGGAAACAGACUUCUCACAAUCACAUGGUUGAAAUUGCCACUAUGGUGAGGAUUCCACUAAUACCCCACCAUUGCUUUGACACAGUUCUAUUGCAAACACCUCAUACCUGCAAUAUGCAGGAUCUGUAAUUGUUAAAGACAUAUUUAAAGAUCUUUACUUUUGUUGUGUUUAUCUUCAAUUUAUUUUGCCUCGGGAGAUGUAGAGCAAUGGACAGAACAAUGAGGUCCUCUGCAAAUUUAACAUCAGGAUGGCCAUGAGGUUCAUGUGUACUUAUAGGUGACCAUCCCUUUCCAUCCUGUGGUUUUCUUGGCAUGAGUUGAGAAUCAACCACCCCUUAGGGUUUUUGCCUGGCAUGCAGUGGAUUGGACAUUUCUACAAGGCACCUAAACUGCUGCUUGUGGGCAGCCAGAUGCUCUUUUGACAUUUACUCCAAAAGGAGAUCUUGGGGUGGCCAUUGGUCAUCGCUUGCUAUACUAUAGAUGUCCCACCUCUACUCUUUUAUGUACUCAAACAUGGAACUCUGGGGGAGGUACAUAUAGACUCAGCAAAUUCCUGUCAAGGGAUAGACCCUAAGGUACUGGCUUGCUCGUCUAGGGCCAUGUUAAGGAGUGCAGGGCCUUGGAGGGGUGGGACGUGAUCUGUGAUCAUCGAUCCUCACACUCUUGAUUUCAAUUGUACGGUGUGCUUGAAUUCCCUUUUCACUUGUGCCAUGAUUAUGAAAUGUCUUGACUCCAAAUAGCAUCCUUUUUUCCACUUGAAGAGCAAGAAGAGAAUCGAAUAACACUGCUGCCCACUCUGGUGGCUUUUCCAAUUAGACCAACUGUGAGUAGAAGUCCAAGACUCGUGGAGCAGUAACUCUUACUGAUGCUCAGAUGGGAUGAAGGAGAGGUGGUCAGCAAAAUGGCCGGUGUAUUUAUUAAUGAGUGCCUCUGGCGUUGAUUCGUGACCAUGCUGCUUCUCUUGAAUGCAAGUAACUACCUAUAAACCAAAUUGCCCUCAGACACAACUAAAGCACAGCGGUUGGUCAGAAAUCUUUCCUAUCCACUAUUCUUUGCCUCAAUGCAAAAAAGAAGCAGCAUAUUAUUCAGUCAAAGACUUCAAAAUAAAUGAUCAAUGACAGAAGGCCUCCCUCAUGCUAAUGUUACCUAUUAUUUAGAUCCUUAGCUAUUCACUAGUCCUGACACUUCUGUUACCUCACACUUAGUACAUGCUGUUAUCCUAAGAUGUUGCUUAUAUUGUAUUAAAAGACAUUUUUAUCAUUUAGACUAUGAUUACAUAUUGUGAAUUGCUCAUUAUCGACAUUUAUUGAUCCUCUCUGAUGAGAUUUGUUUAAUUAUGUAAACAAAAGACGCUUGACAAACUUUGAUAUUGGAAAAGUGUGUUUUUUAUGUUGACUUGAACCUCUCUUUAUGAUAAAACAUUUUUAGACUGUAUAUAUUUUCAAAAAACACAGGCAAAGCCAAUUCAGAAUAUUGAGUCAACUCAUGUGUGUUCUGUUUCAGUGCUACAGAAUGCAUGCCUUAAUGGCCUCAACUUCAGACAAACUUGAAUUUAUUUUAAGGAAACUUUUUUUUCUCUCUUGACAGGAAGACUAGUUUUCUUAAUGUUUAUGUAUGGUAGUCUGUGGCUAAUUAUCUUCCAAAAAAAACCACAAAGGUGUUUGCAUUGUUGGCUAUAUACUCCAUGUCUUCAUUUACAUAUUGCUGACAAGUGUACUUUGUAAAAGGGAGCUCUUGUGGAUGAACGUUUACAUCAAAAUACCUUUCAAAUAAAUAAGUUGUAAUGGUU